UGGUUGUUAGGAGAAGGAAUGUGGAAGUCGGCGGAGGGGUGGGCGACAGGUUGCUUGAGGGAACGGCCGCAGCUCCAGCGUUUUUCCUCCGCCGCUGCUUCACCACUUGCCUUCUCUCUGGGGAGGGAGCGUGCGCCUAACGCUGGGAUUUUUCUCAUUUUAAUGCUUCUUCUGCUACUUAAAGUGGAACGACUUGGGAACGGCUCCAAAGGCAAGAAUCCUGCAGUAGCAGGAGCCUCGGUAGUAUCGGCGCCUCGUUUUCCUCCUGUGCAUUUCGAGCUGGAUUUUCUGCCGACUGAACGGAUCCGGUUUUAAGAUUCGCCGCCGAGGCGGAGGCUGCUUGCUCUUUCGCUCGCCUGCUUGACCUCUCGCCCUGCCUUUUUGCCGACGCUUUUUUAAAUGACUUGGGGGGAGGGGGGAACUGUCAAGAUGGCAGCAGCGGCGGUGGCUGCAGGAGCGAGGAGGUUAUGAAUGUGGUGGUGUCGAUGCUGGAAGAAAGCCUUGGGAGCCUGCGGAGGACUUGGGUUUCUGGACCUGUUGGAGGAUCGGCGAUUUGACUUGUUUGAAUUCUCCGCGUCACUUUCUUUUACGCUGGGGAAGAGGAUUUAAAAGAAGGAGAGGGAGGACAGGCGUUUAAGUUUCCUCUCCUCGGUAAAAAGAGUGGCUUUCUCUCCCCCCCCCCUUUUCGGAGAGGAACGGAUUUGUUUUCUUUUUCAGAGGAGGAAGAGUGAUCACAAAUGGAGCAGCCGCGAUCGGAUGGGUGUUAAGACUUCGUUGCUCCCCGUGAAGGCGUGUGGAAGUCGGCGAGAGAACGACUUGCAAGACCGAAGGCGUCCAUCAAACCAGCAACAGAGAGGCUCGUGAACAUCUCUUUUAAAAAAAAUGGUGCGGGGGGUCGUGUGAAUGGGGUCUCUUUAAUAUCGAGAGAGCGAUGCCAUUGGAGGACUCCAGCGCGUAGUGAAAGAUAAACAAACGCGCGGGCGCAGAGCCGCGAUUUGCUUCCAGCUCCGCCGCGCUUGAAAAUGCUUCCCAAAUCGGUCAGCCUUAAGGGGCAGCGAAAAGAGAGCUAACCUGGAACUAGGGGCCCCCCGGAUUGCUUGCGGAUCGCCUUGGAACUUUUCUUUUUUGGGGGGGAGAGAAGGUAGGUGGCGGGCAGGAAGGAGGCAGCCGGACCUUUAAUGGAGAGUGGCGUGCUUGCUGGAGCUCGCUAAUCACUACGAGGAGCGGCGAGAGGAGGGCGAGAAGGGACCGGAGUGUGGAUCGGGCUGCCGUGUGACAGAAGAAUCGCCUCAAAAGCGGGGGGGAGGCCAAGAUGGCUGAGACGUCUCCCCCCGCCCCCUUGUCCCCUCUGGACGUGGAGCUGGACCCCGAGUUCGAGCCCCAGAGCCGCCCUCGCUCCUGUACGUGGCCCCUGCAAAGGCCCGAGCUCCAAGCGAGCCCGGCCAAGCCCUCAGGAGACGCGGCCGCCGACGCUGCCUCCAUGAUUCCUGAGGAGGACGACGACGCUGACGACGAGGAACAAGGGGGCACCUCAACCGCCACCGUCCCCGUCCCCCUUGGCGACGGGGAGGCUCUGGCUUCGGAGGACACGGCCCGCCUGCUGGUUCCUUUCUCCGGACUCCCGGGUGAGGGGUCUGGCAUGGGCACCACUGCGCUGAGCGGCGGGCAGCAGCAGCAAGGGGCGGCGGGGAGUGCGGCCGCGCCGAGAAAAUGUUCGUCCCGCAGAAACGCGUGGGGAAACUUAUCCUACGCGGACCUGAUCACCCGCGCCAUUCAGAGCUCGCCGGAAAAGCGCCUCACCCUGUCCCAAAUCUAUGAGUGGAUGGUGCGCUGCGUUCCCUACUUCAAGGAUAAAGGCGACAGCAACAGCUCGGCUGGUUGGAAGAACUCAAUCAGACACAACUUGUCCCUUCACAGUCGAUUCAUCAGGGUACAGAAUGAAGGAACUGGGAAAAGCUCCUGGUGGAUGAUCAACCCAGAUGGAGGAAAAGGUGGGAAAGCGCCCCGGAGACGUGCUGUGUCCAUGGACAACAGCAACAAAUACACAAAGAGCCGAGGACGAGCAGCUAAGAAAAAAGCAGCCCUUCAAGCUGCACAGGAGACAAGUGAGGACAGCCCCUCCCAGCUAUCCAAGUGGCCGGGUAGCCCAACAUCCCGUAGCAGUGAUGAGCUGGAUGCGUGGACGGAUUUCCGGUCUCGUACCAACUCAAAUGCCAGUACAAUAAGUGGCCGCUUGUCACCGAUAUUGGCAAGUACUGAGCUAGAUGAGGUUCAGGAUGAUGAUGCUCCGCUUUCCCCCAUGUUGUACAGUAGCCCACCCAGCAUGUCCCCAUCAGUAAGCAAGCCCUGUAAUGUUGAGCUGCCGAGGUUGACUGACAUGGCAGGCACUAUGAACUUGAAUGAUGGCUUGACGGAUAAUCUUAUGGAUGAUCUCCUGGACAAUAUAACCCUUCCCUCUUCCCAGCAGUCACCCACCGGAGGACUCAUGCAAAGAAGCUCAAGUUUUCCAUAUGGCUCCAAAGGUUCAGGGCUUGGUUCUCCAUCAAGUAGUUUCAAUAAUGCUGUGUUUGGACCAUCAUCUCUGAAUUCUCUCCGUCAGUCUCCCAUGCAAACCAUCCAAGAGAACAAGCAAGCUACAUUUUCUUCCAUUUCGCACUACAAUAACCAAACUCUGCAGGAUCUGCUGGCAUCAGAUUCACAUAGCCACAGUGACGUCAUGAUGACUCAGUCCGAUCCACUCAUGUCACAAGCUAGCACUGCUGUGUCUGCCCAAAACGCACGCAGGAAUAUUAUGCUCCGGAAUGAUCCAAUGAUGUCAUUUGCUGCUCAACCAAGUCAGAGCAGUUUGGCCAACCAGAAUCUGCUCCACCACCAGCAUCAAUCCCAGAAUUCCUCUCUCAGUGGCAGCCGUGCCUUGUCAAAUUCUGCCGGUACUAUGGGCUUAAGUGACACAAACAUUGGAUCAGCAAAACACCAGCAACAGCCACCUGCCAACCAGUCUAUGCAAUCACUUUCUGACUCCCUCUCAGGCUCUUCUUUGUAUUCCAACAGCAUGAGCCUUCCGGUCAUGGGGCAUGAUAAAUUCCCCAGUGAUUUGGAUCUGGAUAUUUUCAAUGGGAGCUUGGAAUGCGACAUGGAGUCCAUUAUCCGCAGUGAACUCAUGGAUGCAGAUGGAUUGGAUUUUAAUUUUGAUUCCCUCAUCUCAGCCCAGAAUGUUGUUACUCUGAAUGUGGGAAACUUCACUGGUGCUAAGCAAGCUUCAUCACAGAGUUGGGUUCCAGGCUGAAGGAUUUAUGCAAAGAGGGGAAAAUGGGCAAAGCAGGCCCUUCAUCCAACAUGAAUCCUAAAGAAAAAAAAAAAUCCUUGCCAAAAUCAACUGUCAGCAGAGACAGGGAUAUCGUUUACAGCAUUUGUGAAUCCUGCAUUUUUUUUUCCUAUUGAAACAGACUGUUAGCGAGCCCCAGAACUUGAGGAAAGAACCGGCUUGUCUGGAACUGAACUGAUUUUGAAGUAUGCAAACUUUUCUUACUGUAGGUGAUCCAUCACCAACUUGAGGAUAUGUUUGUUCAGCCACCAUUCUGUUUCAGAACACUGUGUAGCCUGUACAGUAGUGUGCUUGUCAGUCGGUAUAUGGCGUUCCAAAAUGGCGGCAGGCUGCAGGAUGCUUUUGGGUUGGCUUUUGUUCUUCAGGGUUUCCCCCAGCCCGCCCUUCUUAAGGGGUGAGGGUUUUUUUUGCUCCCCGUGAAAUGCUUUACUUGCCCCUUCUAAUGUGCCAUUUCCUCAUGAAAAUUAAAUACAUAAUAUUAUAUGCACACUGAAAAGCUGAAUCCAUUUGGGCUUGAAAUAUCAACAGCACUUGAAUACCACCGUUUCCAGAGGAAUAGCUGUAUUAGCCUGUUGCAGCAACACCAAGGAUGAGUAUGGUGGCACUUUAAACACUUAGCAAAUUGAGUAUGGCAUGGAUCAGAUUCUAAGAUAAGAUGGUUAAGGGUAGAGGGGAAUGGAUGAGAGAGAAAUGCAAUGCAGGAAGUAUCAAUACCCUCUGCGUUUUGUUUCUGUCUUCAGGAUAGUGUUCCAGGCAUGCAAUGACAUAGGCUGUAGUCCAUGGAACGUUGCUCUUUAAGAUGCCACUGCACUCUUUGUUGACUGUUGCAAUCUUUAGAAUACCAACCAACCAGUUGAAUCCAAGGGGUAGUUUGUGAGAUGACUUAAUGUUUGUGUUUGCUUUGGUGUUUUUAUUUGGGGGUUGGUUAGCUAACUUACUGGCUCUGAACCAAUCCCUGUAACUCUCCAACCAAAUAUUUUCCUAAUCUUGUACGUGUUUCUUUUUAUUUUUGGUACCAAGAGAGGGUGGAUUUUACCUCACAGAAUCAGCCACCACUAAAGUUGCAUCCUAACCAGGGUUCAUUUGGUGUGAGGGAAAAGGGCAUUUCAUCCUUGCGAGUCAGUAGCUGACCUGUUGUCAGUCAGAUCAAAUCUAGCCUAGGGUUAUGCUGGCAGUUUUGCCCAAAUGCUGCAGUAAAUGUUUGCUUUUUGUUUGCCCCUACAGCUUAGCAAUUGGCCAAUCUGAGGUGCAUUGUUUGCCACUUGCCAAAUAUAACCACAUAGAAGGCAACAGCUUGCUUUCAAAUUAUUACUCUUAAUAAUAAUAAUAACAACAACAACAACAACAACAGAAAAACCUAAAAGAAAAAAAUGACUAUAUUGCAUGAAAAUGGAGUUUUAUGUAUCUGUAACAUCCAAGGCUUGGAUGAUUUAUUUCAUUCAUAAUCAUUUAUUCGUCUUUCUCUUCCUUAUUCUUUCCCUCUUGUGACACAUGGUGGAAACUGGAAAAAGGUGGUUAGGAAGGAGACACAGAGAGGGAAGAACCAUGCAGAGAGCUUUUCAUAGGAGCGUAGAUUGUAACUGGAUAAAUUCCACUGAAAAACAAAGUAGUUUUUAUAUAUUUUGCUUAUAGGGAUUUCUUUUUGUAAAUUUAUAUAGUAAUAAUGACUGAAAGUUAUGGUGCUGUGCAAGUCCUGUUUAAUUACUUUCUAUUGGUAUUUUUCAUGUGAAGUGGAGCAAAGAAGGCAAGAAAGAAAUAGGGAAAACCUGAUGGUACGUUUUAAUUUUUUUUUAAUGGUAUGAAAACACUUUGGCUUAGGACAACAUAUACAUAUUUCUCCAAAGUGAUAUAUGAAGAACUUUUUUGGCAUAAAAGCAGAAUGCAUAUAAAUAUAUAAAUAUAUUUUAUUAUGUACAGAAACAGAUCAUUAUGCAUGAUUGUUAAGAGAACAGACUAGCAUUUUAACCCAAAGUUCCAGUGCAUGAGUUUCCACCAGCACGUGAAUCAUGUACCUGCGUGGUGUGAUUCCUCUCAGCAGCCACCCUUCACUGCGCGUGCACCUGCAGGCAUCCAAGCAUAUUCACACACACACAUCGGUGGGCCCCAUAUUGCUCCUUCUUUUCCAACUUCUGAGGUAAUAUUGGUGAAAUAACAGCUCCUCGUGUGAUGAAAGUUUUGUUCUGUACUGUAGCUGCCUCCUCCUCGUGCUGCGCUAUUCUCUAGAUGAACACAUGAAUUCACCAUGCAGUUCAUAACUUAAAUGAUGACAAUUCUGUGCUGUUGUGGUUCUAACUAGCUCAUAGAAUAUACACUUUCGAACUAGUUAUAAAGAUUUUUAUCAUUUUCCAAAUAAAUACAGACUAUUUUUUUAAUAAUUAAGGUGGUAUAUUUGUCUAUGGCAGGGCAUAGUUUAUCAUGUUUCUUUAAUUAAAUAGAACCAAUGUGCGUGCUUGUUCUUCACAUUGGAAAGGGCUUCCCUGAAAGGAAUACAUUAUAAAAAUAUCAUCUGUUCCAGGGUUUUAAGAAAGGUAUUGACUUAUCUUGAGAGACUCAGUUACAGGUACCUAUUACCAAAGCUAGUUCAGAAUGUGCUCACAUGCCUUUACUACAUAUGAGUAUCUGGCACAGCAUUAUAUGUGAAUUAAGCCAAUGAUGAUAUUUUGGGAUGUUUGUUGUUAUUUUGUUCUUUGAAAUGGAAAUGUAUUUGGUGAUAGACAAUUUAUUUCCAAGUUUCUGUCUUAUCUUCUCAACAGAAACUCUGUGCAUAAAAAAAAUCCGGUACUGUACAAAGUUUAUGGUUUCCUCUACUUUGACUGGGUUUCCUUUCAAUACUUGAAAAUACAAUAUAUCAGGAUGCUGAUGCAGAAAAAGGAAUAGAUUCUUCAUUUCUCAGCUCUGAUUUUAAUCAGGUGUCCAGGGAUGCAGUGAUGCCACAAUGACAGCCUAUAUGCAGUGACAUCAUCACACAAAUGCCAUGAUUACGUACUUGCAUUUCAACAUCUGCACAAGUACAUAAGUUACAACCUUUCUGUGAUGUUGCCACAGCUGUUUUGUCAUUUGCCCCCCAUCUGCAGAUGCCCAUGCAGGUGAUUAAUUGACCUAAAACAACUGUAUUGGCAGCCUGGCCAAGUUUAUGCAAGUUUUGAAUCCCCUUGAUUUCAACCAACUUCAGUACCUGCCAUAAAUAUCAGUAAGGCUUUGAGACUCAUCUGUGCUUUAUAGGAUUAAAGUCCUAUUAAACCCAGUAUUAAACUUCACAGUAAGCAUGCAUUAAUCAGAUUGCACACUUGUAACACUAAGCAAUUACUGGUAACAUUGAAGCUGCUGUUGUAUUCAUGGAUGCUCCCAUAUGCAUUUCAAUAGGAAAACCUCCACCUCCUCAGUUAGCAUCUGUACAUGUUUAAAUAUUUUUAUUUAAACAAUAAGCAAAUUGGGGAGGGGGGAAGAACCAGAGCUAAGUGAUAGGGCACAGACAUUGAUAUAACAUGUUCCAGGUUCUGCCUCAAAGCAUUUUUGGGGGUAUGCUGCCAAUCAAUGGAAAAUAAUGUUGACCUAUAUGAAUCCUUGACUUGAUGUGAUAUAAGGCAGCUGUGACAUGAAUUUUUAUAGCUCCUUGAGAAGGCUGUUGGGGGACAGUCAUGGCAUCCCAGGCACAUGUUAAAGUGAUGAUGAUGGUAACAAAGGACCCUUCUGGAAAAAAAAACCAUGGCAUAAUUACAAACCACUUCAUCCAGGAUACUGGUAUUAUAGGCAAUUUGGUAACAUUGGCUUCAACAGGAUAAACUCAGUUCCUAGAAUCCCAGUUGAUGAAAACUGCAAUAAGACUGCACUUCUCUGGAAAAAAAAAUUGUACUUUGAAAUUCAGAUGUUGUUACAAUCAAUAUGGGCCUGUUCAAAGCAAAUUUAAGCCUCAUCCUGUACAAGUUUACUCACAAGUGUCUCAGAGGAUAUAGAACUAUUUCGCAAACCAUCACCUUCUCUGUGAGUUAGAUUGACGUUCACAGCAUUGGAACCAGCAGGCCAUUGACUACGAUGAUUGGGAAGUGAAUUUUUUUCUAGAGUUGAAGAUGGAAUGCUGCGUUAUUUUCUGAAUCACAGGAACCUUUAAUGUAAAGUGAUUGCAUGGAAAUCCAUCAAUUGCUCUACAUCACUUCUUUUCCUAUUGUUUGUCCCCUCUGCCUCUCACAAUAUAAACACCUCCAGAUCUGAGGUACUAUCCCCAAAUGGGAACCCAAUCACAAAAUUCUGCUCUCAAGGAUCCUUCCUAGCAAGUGGAUUGCUGCUUAUAGCCUUAAGCUUUCUGUGUUAUCUUUUGCCUGGAGAAUGGCCACAAAACAUACAGUGACUGACACAAUUUUCUUCCCUAGUUAUAAGUAUGGUGUUUCUAUUGGCCUAAAGGAAUCAGGCGCUAGGCAAAAGCAAGCAACCAAUAAAUCCUCAAAUACUGGUCUAGUUCAGGUAUAACACUAAACCACAGAUUCAAGGCUGGGUAUGGCCCAUCCAAGGCCGGAUGGCAAUAGGUCACACACUAUGAGACUCUUACUGGGGAAAGAAAGUAAUCAGACAGCCCCCAGACCAGAAAUGCUUACUCCCAUGUGCAUUAAGUUAUGGUUUAUGGGAGUGGGCUGUCAUCAUUUCUUCCUCUUGACUACCAGGGCAGGAGACGGAUGCUUUCACAUUCAGUGUUGAAUAAGUCACAGCUUACCAUUAUAUCUUUAAAUCCAAAAAUCCUGUAUAAUUUGGUCCUUGUUUGUUUGCAUAAGCAUGGUUGGAAUAAAUCAGUUUUUAAGUUGGGAUCAAGUGGAACACACACACACCAUUUAUUCAUUUUUAAAUCUACAUUUAUAUAUCCCUUUUUUCAGACCAAACUGAAAGUGGCUAAUGAAUAAAAACAUUCAACAAUGAAAGUGAAACCUGCUUAACUCCUCACAGUGCAGGAAAGAGGAGCAUGAAGGGAAAAGUCCAAGCUGAAGGAGCAAACAAUGUUCCCCUACCUGAUACCUUCCAGAUGUCUUGGGGACAACAGCUCCCAGAAUUCCCCAGCCAGCCAAUAAACAUGUUGGAUGGGAAUUCUGAAUUGCACUGUGCUGUUCUAAGUUUAAAUUUGGCCAUCAAGCCAAAUGAUUACAUGUUUCUUUCAUUGAAAACUAAUACAGUUGCUGGGACCCUUUCCAUAAUCAAGCUCCAUCUUUAAAAGGCAAAUGUCAACCCCUAAGCUUGUGGUGGUCCCAAAGCUCCACAUAAAUGACUGAGUUUCCAAACCUAUCAUCCCAACUGUCCAUCAAUUAACACACAAGUUUUCACUUCUGAACAUUUCUGAGUACUCCAGUGCUAUAAAGCAUUUAAACAUGAGAUCACACUCUUGAGGAGCUUCCUUUUUACAUACAUAAAUUAGACUCCAUUAUUCUAAGACUUGAUUGAUUUGUGGGAUUGUCCUUGUAAAAUAGAAUUAAAUAACUAACUCCCAUCACCCUAAUUCUUGAAUGAUGAGCCCAUUAAAAAUUGAAAUAAGGGUUGGCAUAGAUACACAAGCAAUUUCUUUUUAACUGUCUGCUGAAUAGCUCAUAUCAUUCUCUUUUUAGACUGCAUCUUCUUUGUUUUACUGUUGCAGGAAUACUUUUUCUAAAUCAUAAGUUAACCAGCCCACUGCCCAUCAUAUCUUUUAUCUUAAGAAAAAAAAAUGGAACAUGUUGCUCUUGAAAAUGACAUAAUUGCUCCACAGCCAAUCUCGCUCAUUACAUUCUUUACAUUAUAUAUAUCAGAAAUACCAGCUGAUAUGGAAGGGGACCAGAUACUUUUACUUGCUAUCAGGAGGGAUGAGGGAUAUAUUGUACGUUUUGGCUUCACAUGUGGAACUUUUUUUAAUCAAAAAAGGCUGUAUGAAUGGACAAAACAUGUAUACAGUAUCUGUACAACUGUCUUGUCUGGAUUGUUUCUUUCACUGUUCAGCCACAUCCUUUGGAAGAAUAUUCGAUCACUGCCUUAGUAUAUGGCCAUCUUUCUGAAGGGGUGCACAAUUUUUACUUUUUGUAUGAGCUACUUGCAGUUUCAUUUGAAAGCUGGCACUGUCAUAAACUUAGAGGAAGCUUUUCUGAAACCAAAUGCUGACAUAGGUGAAUAUACUACCUUACUGCAUAACAAUUGGAUGUCAGUUUGAUUUGGAAAUCUUUCCCUUUUGCAAAUGAAAUAGUGGUGCAGAGCUUAACUCCACUUGGUGUUAGUAGAUAUUGCCUUGUGUACUCCAUUCUCAACAGUAAUCUAGUUUGUAAAAUAAAGUGUGAUGCAUGUAAAUAAAGCAUAAUGGAUCUCUAUGCUGAA